AUGCCCAGGAUGGGGAGACGUCACAAGCACUGCCAUCGGCUGUGCGGUUCAUCUUCAUCUCCGCUGCAGCGGCUGGUGGAGCUGCAGCUCCUCCUGCCGGCGCUCCUGGUCGUCCUGCUGGCCACCACCCUGGGACUCGCCUGCCGCGUCUCCGAGUUCUCCUGCAAGGGCAGCGGGAACAGCGGCACCAUCUGCGUGCCCCUGGACAAAUACUGCGACGGACGCAGCGAUUGCGCCGAUGGCAAGGAUGAGCCCAAACAUUGCUCUGUCUGCAAUCGUACAUAUUAUGGCGAUAUCGGACGCACCUAUGCCAUAAAAGUGCCAACGCCACAGUGGAAUAAAUUGCCUUUCCUCUGUCACUUGACAUUCACAGCAUCCGGUCAUGAUCAAGGCGACAUUGUGCAGAUCAUCUUUGAUGGCUUUACGGUGGGAAGGUUCGACGAGGGCAUGGUCGAUACGGAUGUGGACGGUUACGAAACGAACCUAAGUCCCACGGGCGAGUUGCCCGGAUGUCCCGAGGGCUUCAUGCAGCUCAGCGAACUGGGACGCCCAUUCACCGGCGGCUCCUGGUGCGGCAAGGCCACCGGACCGCAAUUGUACUUCAGCGAAACAUCCACGGUGACAGCGUCGGUGAAGGUUUUUCAUCCGCCACGCAAUAUCCGAGACGAAAAGCCCUUUGAGUUCAGCAUAAGAUAUAAAUUUAUAAGCCAGUCGGAUGCAGUUGUUAGAUACGGCCUGCCCGAUAAGCCGCUCGAAUUGGGCCGUGUGACACCCGGCACCUAUUGUACCAGGCAAUUCGACGAAUGCUAUCGUAACAAGUGUCGCCUGCAAAGUCCGAAUUAUCCCGGCAUGUAUCCGAGGAACGUAACCUGCUACUGGACGAUCCGGCAGAAGGAAGUCCCGACCAGCAAGCACGCCAUGAUUGCCGUUAGCCAGGAAAAUCAGCACAAGGCCCUGGUGAAGCGCUCAAUAGCCAGCUUUAACAAAACCUCCCGGUCCAUUCGAGCCUGGUCGGACUGUACAGGUGAACGGGACCAUUUGAUUUUCUACGAUGGCAGUUCCACCAACGAUCCUGUUUUGGCCAAAUACUGCGGAGGGGAUUGGUUGCCACGCGUUGUUUCACGCGGUCCCGAGAUGCUGGUGGCCUUUCACUCCAGCCCGUUUUCAGCGCCACUGCAACAGGGGAUUCCGAACCGGGGCUUCGAGCUGGACGUGGACAUACUCUUCACCGAUUCCGACUCGUUCGACUUCGCCCAGGGCACCAAGAACCUGUGCGAGUUCCACAUAAAUGCCUCGAAUCCAGAUGAUGUGCUAUUCUCGCGUCGCGGUCGCAUGGGACGCAUUGUGAGUCCGCGUCACACGCUUCCGCCGAAUACGACAUGCACGUACCACUUUCACGGAUAUCCUGGUGACCUGAUUUGGUUAUCGUUCACCAGCUACAAUCUGCAGAUCCUGCAGCAGGCGAUACACGACAACAAUACGCUGGGACGGAGCGAUCUGCCGCCGUGGAUAACCCGCCUGAGGAUGUGGGACAGCUAUGGGACGUAUGUGCCCAUGAAAUCGACAAGUUCAACCACCGGCCAACCGCCCCCACCGCCCCCCGUAGCCUCUUCGGCUGAUGGGGGCAAGCCCACCCUCCUGAACCAGAGCAACUACGGCAGCUACUACUACAGUGCCAGCAAUCCGAAGCUGAAUCGCAACCUGCGGGUCAACAUCGACAAUGCCUGGAACCCGGUGGACACCUACAUCUACGGACCCACGCAGUCGAGUGUCUUCAACCAGGAGAACAAGUACAGUGGCUACCAGGGAGGAGGUCCCGGCGGCGGAUCGGCUGGCUCCGGCAAACCCAUAUCCGGGGUCAAGGACAGCCUCAACUUCAUAUCCAGUGGCAAGUCCUCCAAGGAAGUCUCAGCUGCCGCCGUUGUCAGCUCGGAUCGCAAUAGUGCCGUGGCCUUGAUGAGCACGAAGGGAAAGCGGCGACUUAUGCUGGAGAUCUACGACUACGAGACUCCAAAAUUGUGUGACCAUACGGCCAUUGGAAGCGGAGUGAGCGGUAGCAGUGCCGUGAUGGGAGGCAACAAGCAGAGACCCUGCAGUCCGCUGGAGAGCUACGUGAGCACUGGCCGAGAUUUGAAACUGGAGUUCCACACGCACACAGGCACCGCCUUGUUCCCGGCGCAGUUUGCUCUAAAUUACGAGUUCGUGGACACGGAACAAGGAGGCGAAACCUGGGCGGGAAGGCGCGGAGAGGAUCCCGUGCCGCCACUCUGCUCGAGAAUUUUCAAGAAACGCAAGGGCAACAUCCAGGUGCCACGGAACGUGUUCCUUUACGGACGAGGCGGCGCCAAGAAUAUAACCUGCUUGUAUCGCUUUGAGGCGGGUCCUUCGGAAAGGGUCAAGUUGGUGCUGCACAACGUAUCCUUUGGCGAAGGUACAGCCUGUACCACGGACUCGGAUUUGCAUACGGGCAGACCCCGCUGCAACCAACUGGAUCCCGAAGGUCGCAUCACUGAGCUGCGACUUUUCGACGUUCCAUUCAGGGAUGUGAAGAUCCAACUGGGUUGCUUCUGCGAUAAUUCCAGUGCUCUGUACAGCAAUGCACCACUCACCUUCGUUUCCCAUUCGAGGAUUAUGGAGCUCUCGUUCACGGUUACACGGUUGAACAUAUCGGAGGACUUUGCAGAUGUUUUCUUCUCGGCUUCCUAUGAGUUCAAGAGACAGCCGGACUGUAGAAAGCAGCUGAAACUGAAGGGAGCCGGCGGGGAGGAUGAACUGAAGUAUCCACUUAAAACGCAGGAUGCCAGUUGCGAGGGCCUGGCCUGGUACAUCGAAGCCCAGUCGGCCGAGAGGUCGCUCUUCGUUCAGACCUGGGGCGCCUAUCUGCCCGUGGAUCCCACCUCCGAAGAUGCCAUGCGAUGUCACACCAAGAAUCGGCUGAUGAUAUAUUCCGGGCGACCUCUGCGACCCAUGAGGGUGGUGUGUCCGGCGCAAAGCGGACCGAGGCCUAUGUCGCUGCACAUCUUCUCCGAGGACUGGACCAAUGGGCAGCCCUUGUUCAUGAACAAACCAAUCAGCCUGGUGCUGGAGCCCAUCCUGAAGGAGCCCGGCGACAUCUCCUUCACGUGGCUGGAGAUCCACCGCACCAAGAACGCGCUGCUGCAGCAGUUGGACCUGCAUGUGAAUGCGAGCGUGACCACGGGCAUGGGCUCCCAGACCUCCUCCCAGUCCUCCCCGGGAUCAGGUUCGGGGAUUGGCGGGCUGGGCUCCGGUGGGUCAGGAUCCGCUGCCAACGCCGGAGGCUCUGCAGGCGGGGCAACGGCCAACGAGACGCUGAACGAGUUCGGCUUCUUUCCCAAGGAGUCGGACUGCGAAUACAAAUGUCCUGAAAUUGAUGCAUGCAUUGCGGCCAGCCUGUGGUGUGAUGGUCACCACAACUGCCCCAGUGGGUUCGACGAGUCGGAGGAGGAGUGCGGUACCGCUCGCAAGCUGCUGGAGUUGCCGGGCGGCGUGUUCGCCGCUCUGGGCUGCAUCGCGGCCGCCUUGACCGCCUGCCUGAUAUUCUGCAUGUUCGGCCUGAUGAGGAAGCGGAAAAAGUCGGUGGUCCAGAAGGGCGCCGGAGUGGGCGGAAUGGGCGUGGGCGGCAUGGGCGUGGGCGGGAUGGGCGUGGGCAUCGGGUUCAUGAACGGAGCGAGCAACGGCAACGUCUCGGCCGCCAGCAUCGGAACCCUGAAGAAGGACUUCAAGAAGGAGGCCCUCUUCAUUGACCCGGCCUCCUGACACGGACUCCAGCCGGUCGAAUAUAUCCACGUGGACCGGGAGACCACCGUGUGAUAUGUUGCCGCCGGCUGUGGCAUCACCUAUGAUCAUGUGGAGCUUUCCAUGGAGCUGGCCUGACCGAUGGAUCAGUCCGCUGAUCCCGUUCAAAAUCUGGCCUGGAGAUUUUAAAGAAACAGAGUCGACGCCUGGAGGUAUGAGAACACUAAAAGAAACUACGUUUUAAGCCGAUAACUUUUUCUAAACGCUUCUGGGAGUAACAAAAUGCGCACGAGCGUAUUAGCGUAUGUAGUCCUAAGGAAAACGUGUUAUUUAGUUGAUUAUAUUUUCUUACACUGCCAUUAUUAACUGUAUUGAUCAACUAGUCUGUAUAUAGUUUUAUUUGAAAAACUAAGUUAGCAAGAAGUCAGGACUUGGAAAGCAUAGUAUUCAGUUUUAAAUUUCCCUAUAUUUCGUUAUGAAUUAUUAUUUACAUAUUUACUGCGAUUGAAUUCAAUCAUUAUAAAUACAAUUUAAUAAAGUUCGUGUCCAAUAAUAUGAAAUCUUUUCAAGCCAAAAAUACUUUAAUGAUCAAUUUAAGGUACACUUAGUAAUUCAAGCAACUCCUCAGAGGUUUCCGAACAAAACAUAAAUGAGUAAUUUGCAGUUGAAUAAAUAAAAAUAUAAAGUCAACCAAAUUUAAAAUGAAAUCAAUGGUACGUAAUUUAAUCUGAUAGCCAGUCCUGACUUCUUCAUAAUUUCUUAUAUUUGGCAAAGGAAUUUCACCACAUUUCAUUUAACUUAGACUACAUACGACGAGCAAAAUAAGAAAAAACUAUUGUAAAUUAGGUACCUUUAAAACCAGUUAGAUCAGCUAGAGAGCAAACAAUUCGUGGGCAGUUAGUAGAUGCCUUCGGCAUAUUUACCACAUAGCACUAGCACCCAUUAAAAGAAAGUAAACAAAUUACAUUUAGCGACUAAACGGAAGAGAUCAGAAACUACAAUGAAAUUGUAUAGAAAGAGCAACUCAAAGAGCAGACCCCUAUCCGUAGGGCCUCUCUGGCAUUACUUUUAAGCUAGACUAGGUAAAAAACUGUUAGCAGCAUUUGAAAACGAGUUGGGGAAGGUCGAGGGAAAUCUCUAAAGUGUUGUGAUCUAAGGCAUGCACAUACUGAACUAUGUUUAAACAGAAGCAAAUCGAAGCAUUUACAUGAUUAAUACUCACAGCCGGAUGCGUGGUAUGAUAUACACAUAUUUGUAUAGGUACUAGCUAUAUAGACUAAUAAGAUGGCAGCACUCUUGGGUUUUUUAUCGUACAGCACAACACAUAAGCAAAGGACAUCACCUAGUGGUUUAUUAUAUACAAGUCGAUACAAGUUGAUAAAAUGCAAUUGUUAUUAAUGAAUUAAGUAGAACUCCAAGCCAGAGAUAUGUUCACUUUCAUCUUAAUCGAGAGAACUGCCAAAGGAUUAUAAAACAAAACAAUCAAUGUAAAUAUUUCUGUCGAGCAAUUACUUGUUUUAUGCCAGCAUUUAUGUUCGUAACAUGAACACAAAUUGUUUCCCAUAAGUAGCUGCAUUAAGUAAUAUUCCUAAAGGUAUUUAGACUUUGUAAAAACUACAUGCAAAGAGUAAUAACAAACUGUACGCAAAACUAACGUUUAAGUCACGGCCCAUAACCCAUAUAAACAAUCAAACUUUUGGCAGUUGCAGUAGAAUUAAGCAAACACCAAAAAAAAGCGUAAAAACAAGACAUAAGUACUUUAUUUUAUAGACAUUGAAACUAGGAAAAAAUUAUAAACUGAAACAAAACAUUCACUGGCAGCAAUGAGAAUUUUAAAAAUUUAAGAACCUCUGCCAUGUGCAGGCAGAGUUCACAUCCAUAAAAACCCAUUAAUAUUUCAAAUCCAACCGAAAAGCAUUUGUAUAAAAAAAUAUAUGAUUUAGUCUGCAUAAAAAGGUAAAAGGAAGUAUAUACAUAAAUUAAAUCAAACAUUUUCGGUUGGCAUUUUUUGAUAGCAAAUAACCUAAAUAUUUAUAGCCGAAAAAGAAAAAAUACGAACGAAACGCACUUUGUACAAUUUAAUAAAAAACAAAGAAAUAUUGUUUCCAGACACACCACGGCAUACAUAUAGGAUAUUUUACACGCAUUCAAAUAAGGGAUAAAACAAUACUGAAAAAUAUAUGAAAACGAAAAGAAAUUAAAUUAAAUGAAAUGGCGCAUAGGCCAAAAAUGCAUUUUUGCUGCCGGAAGUUGAGGAUGCAACAAAAUAUAAAGAACACCGUUGGCAGUGCAUUUAAUAGGUAGCUUUAGGACCAGCUGGAAGUGGAUCGAUCCACGCUGCAACUACUUCGUUGGCCACCAUUGUCACACAAAAACACUCACAUCUCAAUCAUCAGUUCGGUUCAGUUCCUUCUCUCAACCAAACCAAACCAAACUAUGGAAAUUUCUGUGCCAACUGUGUUUAAAGUAGAACUCAAAGAUAAAAUACGAAUAAAAAGAGAGCGAGUGAAGAAAUUGAAUUAUGACCGCGCAUAAAACAUUGCAUGUAAUUUAUUUGAAAUGUUCGAAAAAACGUAGACGAAAAGAGAAGAAACUGUGCGCGAGAUGGUAAAUAAUAAUAAAAUACAGACAGCUGUGUAAAUAGUCAGACGGCGUACAGUCUACGCAUAUUUAAUUAAAACUCAAAAUAGAAAACCAAUGGAAAAGGAGAUCAUGUCUUAUGUUCAAUGUUUUCAAAUUCCACCACUUCAUUUCGCCGUUGGAUAGCGUAAGUUUCACUUGUAUGAUAAAUAAAACUAAACAAAUAUUUAUAUAGAGAUAUUAUACGUAUAUGAAAAAGGAAAACCUUAAAAUAAUGACGCACUGAAUCAAAUAGAUGAAACGAGUAUUUAAAACCAAGACAAUUAAAACCAAAAAGAACUUUAAGCAAAAUAAAACUGAGAAAAAAUGGAAUUUAAAA